ACCCCCAUUUUUCUUUCUCUCUCUCUCGACGAAGCUCUCUUCCUUCAAUGGCGCUUCGGAAAACGCUUGCGAAGCGUCUAUUUGACGGUGGCAGAGUUACAUCACCGUCGGUGACUCUAGAGCACUCGCCGAUCUCCUCCCCUUCGCUCCAACCACUGGUUCCUCCAAACGCAUCAAAAACGAACUUCCACCGCGAGUACAUCACCUCGCCGGACUCGGCCGAGAAGGGAUUUUUCCGGCGGUUCCUUCACCGGAGAGCCCUCAACCAUUCGGCUCCGAGGCUCCCGGAGUUCCUGUCCCUGCCGGUCGGGGACAAGCUCCGGGAGAAGCUCAGGUCCAUCAACAUUACCGGCGAUCAUCUCAGGCUCGACGGGCUGAGCCCUCCGGGGAAAAAGCCGGACCCCUCCGCCAAUUCGGUUUACGGAAUGACGGUCAACGACGCGAGGAAGAUCCUGAGGCUCGCUCAGAUGGAGAAGCUAAGAGCGAAGCUGAGGGAGAUCCCGAAGACCUCGAUUUCGUACUCCGAGUUCGUACGGAUCUGUGCCGAGGGUUCUGAAAAUGAGGAUCAGGGUGUCGAGUUCGCCAAAAUGUUAGACGAGUCCGGAAACGUCAUCGUUUUGGGGAACGUGGUGUUUCUUCGGCCUGAGCAGGUGGCGAAGUCAAUGGAGACACUAAUUUCUCAAUCGAUAGCGAAUCCGAACGACCCGAGAAUAAAAGAGCUGGAGCAAAUGGAGAUCCGAAAGGCCGAAAUCGACCAAAAAGCCCGGGCCUUGGUCCGUGGCGAGCUGUACUGUGGGCUGGGAUUUGUGAUGGUCCAAAUGCUGGGCUUCAUGAGGCUCACCUUCUGGGAGCUGAGCUGGGACGUGAUGGAGCCCAUAUGCUUCUUCGUCACCUCGGUCCACUUCGCUCUCGGCUACGGCUUCUUCCUCAGGACCUCCACGGAGCCAUCUUUUGAAGGCUACUUCCAGCGCCGAUUCAGGGUCAAACAAAAAAAGCUCAUGGAUUUCCAUAACUUCGACAUCGAUAGGUACAACGAGCUCCGGAAAGCCUGCUAUCCAAGCUCCUCUCCCUUUCCAAACCCACAACAUUUCUCGUCCUUCAACCACGAAGCAGGGGCGUUUGCUGGUGCGGUCAUGCAUCGUUGAAAAGAAACAGGAAAUUUUCAAGCAAUAAUAAAAAUACCCAAAAGGAAAUGAUUUCUCUUAAAGGGUCGGUUUAAUUAAGUAGUAGAAUUAGAGUUUCGCCUGAGUGAAGGUUUUUGAGCAACAUCGAUAUCUUAUAUAUUGUAAAUAUUUUAGGAGUUUCAUAGGCUGCACGAGUGGCCAGGAAGUUUCUUGUCAGUCUUGUCUUGUGCCGUGUG